CCGAGUGUAAGCCGGGUGACAGUGGCGGGCUACCGGUCCUCGAUAACCACCAACUGGUGCCUCAACAUAACUCUCACAUUCAGAUUGCUUUCUGCUAAGGAUUCGGGAUUUACUGGGGGACAAGGAAUUGACAACGAUUUGAUCACAUCAUUAACCACUAUUGUCACAAACCCAAAAACUGCCUGGAGAAUUUGAAGAAGUGUCAAGAUGGCGAAUAGGCCGAUGGCUUAUGGUAUGACAGGGGAGGUGAGGAGAAAGAUCAACCGCCAGUACAGCGAGGCCCUGGAACAACAGGCUCGGAUCUGGAUAGAGGAGGUCACUGGCAUGGACUUGGAACCUGGUGCUGACAGAGAUUUGCCUAUCGGUGCGAGGUUCCAGAAGGCUUUGAAAAGUGGCGAAAUAUUGUGCACGCUAAUGAACGUAUUACAACCUGGAAGUGUCAAGAAAAUCAAUACCUCAACGAUGCCAUUCAAGCAAAUGGAAAAUAUAUCUCUAUUCUUGGACGCCAUGUUGGCAUAUGGCGUGUCCAAAAACGACAUGUUCCAAACGGUGGACUUAUACGAGGGCCAGAACAUGGUUCAGGUUGUAAACACCAUACACGCGUUAGGACGUAGGGCUCAGAUACAAGGAUUUGACGGACCUGCCUUGGGCGUGAGAGAGGCUCUAGCCAACCCACGUGACUUUUCGGAAGAGCAGCUGAAGGCUGGACACGGCGUGAUUGGUUUACAAAUGGGCACCAACAAAGUCGCCAGCCAACAAGGCAUGAACUUUGGUUACAGGCGAGAUAUCAACUGGGCAGAUAAAAAACACUAACGGAUAAUUAACGUAUCUAUAUACACUUUGUUUCGAACUCUUCCGAUAUGUGUUGAAAUGCCUUUGUACGCCUAGACCAUUUUGUCGAUCCAUCAUGCGUCAGAGUGAUAUUUUGUUCUGAAACUAGUUGUUUGCUGUUGACUGAUGUUGAAUUAACAAGCAUUUGUAUAGCUCAGUCCAGAAGCAGCCGUGUCAUGCAUUCGGAAUACGAUCGCAUUUGGCCCAAUCGGCGUUUUCAGAGGUCUCGCGAUUUCACGCAGAUUUUGGCGAGACAGGUGGGGGCUCUCGCCAAAUACCGCACCAAAAACAAACGUGAUUUUACGUUAGGUGCCAACGGCGCCGUCGAGUCGAGAGAGAGAUGUGUGCUCAAUCUAGCAACUUCCGUAAAACAAUUUCUUUUAUCUACGUUAGUUUGCGAGAGCCCCCUCCAGUCUUGCCGAUAUCUGCGUGAAUUCGUGACACCCCUGAAACGCCGAUUGGACUUAUUAGGAGGUGUAUUCAGUGUAUGCAUCCAAGAACCAUAUAAUGUUGUCACAGUGGAAGUUGCAUCGUUUAUUGUUUUUUUCAUUCUUACGUUUUAACUUCUAAAGUUUUAACUUUUAACAUUCUAAAGUUCCAGUGACUCUACAUUUCUACUCAUUUACUGAGAUAAAUCAAACAAUAAUGUCGUAAUGAUAUUGUCAUAUAUAAAAAUUUCAAGAAUGUUCAGCUGAUCAAAGGAAUAAAAUUGUGGCCAUUAUAACUGUCAGCCUCUGUAUGUACUGUGUAGUUUUCAUACGCCUAAAUGCAGGGGUAGUAGUUUGGGACAGACAGGAAACUUAAAAGCUUUAUGCCAGUCCUUUAUAAGUGCAAUCAGGACAGCUUAAUAUUUGAAUAGACCAAUCAAAUGGUCGAAGAAUCAAAAAUGAAUUUGAAAAUAAGAAUUUGAAUGGACAUUCGUUCAUCAAGGUGAUCAACAUGCCACUCACAACCUGACAGUUUCCAUUUCAACAAUGGUCGUAUAGGGAGAAUAUUUUGGAUAAGUAUAUAUCACAACAGUUAUAGAGCAUAUGAAAAGGCAUUUGUAUCAUUUCUG